AGGAGGCGCGGUCUCUCGAUCUCAUGGCGGGGUUGUUGCGCGCGCCCGGCAGAAUAAUGCGGCUUCCAGGUGGCAAACUUUGGUCUCUCUUGCCUCGCGGACUCGGGGUUUGGGGCCCCGGGGAGGGGACCGCGAAGGUCAUGCUGGGGCGGCUCCGCGCGCCACCAGAGGAGGCGUGGCGGGCCUCGGGGCUCGCUGGCAGCUGCCUGCGGUGCCGGCUCCUCAGCACGGCGACGCCGCCCCCGCCCGGCUCGUCAGGACCGGAGCCGAAGGGCGGCGGAGACCCCAAGCGCCCCUCGCAGCCCCGGCCUGUUUCCUGGAAGUCCUUAGCCAUCACAUUUGCUAUUGGAGGAGUUUUACUGGCUGGGAUGAAGUACUUCAAGAAAGAAAAGACAGAGAAGCUGGAGAAGGAACGGCAGCGAAGCAUCGGAAAGCCUUUACUUGGGGGCCCAUUUUCCCUCACAACUCAUACUGGCGAGCCCAAAACUGAUAAGGACUACCUGGGUCAAUGGGUAUUGAUUUAUUUUGGUUUCACUCAUUGCCCUGAUAUCUGUCCAGAAGAACUAGAAAAAAUGAUUCAAGUUGUGGAUGAAAUAGAUAGUAUUCCAACUCUGCCAGAUUUAACUCCACUUUUCAUCACUAUUGAUCCGGAGAGGGACACAAAAGAAGCCAUCGCAAAUUAUGUAAAAGAAUUUUCUCCCAAACUGAUUGGCUUAACUGGCACAAAAGAAGAGAUCGAUCAAAUGGCCAGAGCAUUCAGAGUGUAUUACAGCCCUGGCCCCAAGGAUGAAGAUGAGGACUACAUAGUGGAUCAUACAAUCAUAAUGUACUUGAUUGGACCAGAUGGUGAGUUUCUAGAUUAUUUUGGCCAGAACAAGAAGAAUGCAGAAAUAGCUGGUUCGAUUGCUGCGCACAUGAGGGAACACAGGAAAAAGAGCUAGCCAAAGCAGUGCGGCCGUGCGCUAUUCUGCUAAAGAGGAAGGAAGCUUUGUCUCCCAUAGGGGCCGAUACUUAUAUGUAUAUACAUGCAGCCUACGGAAUGGCCUUCAUACCAGGAGAACACCUAAAUUUUGGGCAGGGCAUGCUACUCUUGGGUUCAGCAAGGAUGGAUUCUUGGAACUGUAAAGAUUACAACCAGAAGUCUCCCAAAUGGUCGCCUUGAGACCAGAGGACCAAGUUUCCGUGAAGCCAGCAGAAUGGACCUCAGGGAAGGACGCAGCCGGAAAAGACGCAGCCAUGGGGUCUCUCCACGUGAGCAGGGCCGUCUGAUCAGCGUGGCUGUCUCUCCAGUGUCUUGGACUCCUGCUCUGUCAGGUUGUAGUGAAUUUCCAGGAAGAGCGUAACUGCCAUGGUGACCUUGCUUUCCUCUUUGAGUUCUUGGUGGCUGAUAACAAUCAAAUUAGGCUCUCUGACAUUCACAGUUGAUCUUUAUGCUUGAAAGCAUUAGUGUAGUCUUGCUUGUUAAUGAAAAUCACUGUCAGGUUUGCAUUGUGUUCCCCUGUCAGCAGGUGCUGAUUUUACUAGUGGAGAGAAAAUCUGUUGUUUGGGGCAGACCAUUAGAUCAGAUUCCCUAGGGAUCUUUCAUGUGAUUUUUAGCUGAAUGAUGUGCCAGGCUUUCAGGGACCUGCCAAAUGGGUAUAAGAGGAUACAAAUCAUGAGUGUGUACAGAGUACCUUCCUGCCUGUACUGGAUUGCACUUGUCUGAAAUAAAGGUGUGCUCAGUUUUGCA